GCCGUGGAAGGGUCGGUAAUGCUGAGUGGGCUGUAAAGCGGUGUGAAGUUCUGUGCUAAGUGAAAAGUCACAGGUACCUGGAAAACUACUCUGAUUGUAUUUCUGUAUACACAUGGAUAUGUUCUGCCCUUUAGGAAAGAUAUUUGGAGGGUAGGUAUUUCUGUGGAAACCUUAUGUUCUGCUGCUGUGAAACAGACAAACAGAACCUUACAAACUAAGAUAAGGUGCACUAAACAACAUGAUAAAACCAAUCACCCCAGUAAACAGUAUUUUCUGAAUGUGUCUGUAUGUCAGUACAUUCUGGUUCCCAUCAUGGAAGGCAGACUGAAAUUAGAAAGAAUGUCAGGGACAAUGGGAGAUCAGGAAUGGUUUCAGAAUAAAGGAAGACCAAGUAGAUUGGGACUUAUAUCAUCUCUUUGAAGCAGUUCGCUAAUAGCCUCAUUUCCUUUUUUAGAAUGAUAAUAAAGAAAAAGAGAAAAGAAAUUCGUGAGGAGCCUAUUCAGAAAAAGAAAAAGUUGAAGACUACCAUUAAAAUUGGGGAAGAUGUUCAAACUGUCAGUGAAACUAAGGACAAUCGCCAUUUCAAGAAAAAGACGAAGACAAGGAAAAAGGAAAAUUUAAAAGAUGAAUGCUUACACAAAUGGCAACCAAAGAAUAAUAAGAAAAAGAAGAAGAAAGUUGGCUCUGAAUUACUCAGAGAAGAUAAUUUAGAAAGCUUUGUGAAUAUAAAAGGUCAUUUGGAUUUACAACUUCAAGAAAAAUCAGAGAAACAAAUUAAAAUAAUCAAAAAGAAGAAAAAAAAAGUCCAGUGUCAUUUCUCCUUGGAGAAUAAUGAGAGUAGUGAUGUGGAGCUUUCAAAUCAUCGCACAGAUGGUACUAAGAAAAAUGAAUUAUCUUUUAAAAAAAAGAGAAAGAAUACUGCUUCAGAUUUGGAAUUGGAUGGUGAGGUAACAAAGAAAAAAAAGAAGAAAUACCGUUUUUUGUUAGAGGACAUCCAGGACAGUGAACAAAGGCAAUCUGCAAAAGUCUGUAAAAACCCCCACCAAUGCACUUCACAAGAAGCAGUUUCUAUGGGUGAGGACUAUGACACAGAUUAUGCCCAGAGGGGUGGGGAGAGUUAUGUGAGAAGAAAAAAGAAAAAGAAAGGUAAAUCUGACAAUUUUUUAGCACUGGCAGUUAAUGAGGACUACAUGCAUCGAGUUCCUGGUAGCCCCACUGCAUUAAGUGACUUCAGAAAAAGGAAGAAAGAUAAUUCCUGGGAAUUUACAUUGACAAGCAGAGAGGAAGAGGACAAAAUUAAGAACUUUGGGCAUAUCAAAGAGAUGAAAAAGAAGAAAAAAAAAGCUGUUUCUUCCUCAGCCUAUGAAGAUAAGCAAGACCGAAGUCACUGCAUUCCUGAUAAGCAUCUCCCAGCACAGCAAGAAGUUGAGCUUGAGGAGGAAGAGCUGUCUGGAAAGAAACACAGGAAGACUUUAAAGGAUAAUAAUGAAGUCAGUAAGAAGAAAAAGAAGAAGAUUAAGAAAAAGGAGAAGGAAACAACAUACUCAGAAGUUUCUUUAAACAAUGACAGUGCUUCUAAAAGCCAAAAAACACUGCUAGAAAGCCAUAAGAAGAAAGAGAGUGAAAUGGAGCGAGCGCAGUGUGUUACAGGGGACACUGCAGAUGGGGCAUUAUGCAGUAGUAAUCCUGUACUGUGUGACAGGAAAACGAAAAAAAGGGAAAAAGUACCACCACAGGACUUAGCUGAAGAACCAGGUUCAAAAGCAGUUGCAAGAAAGACGAAGACAGAAUCGCCAUGGAGUGAGUCAGCGGUGAGGCGGCAGGCCCUGCAAGAAGAAAUUGACCGAGAAUCUGGCAAAACCAAAGCUCUCAGUUCCAAAGUGGGACAGGAUAUGAAGCUUGGACAGUGGAGUACAGCUACUUUUAAAAGUUCUGAGCAACAAAUGAAGUUUUUUAGACUAAUGGGUGGCUUUAAAAAGGGUUCUGUGCCUAUUCAAAGUCCCUCAGCAAAUACAAACAAACCAAACAUGGCUCUGAACCAGGAAGGGCAGGAGAAGUUACAGCAGGCUCUGAAGAUGGAGUUUGAUAAAGCAAUGGACUUGAAGCAACACAGAGGAAUUGGUCUUGGAUUUCAGCCUAAUGCCAACAAAAAAGUAUAUAUAGACAAAUAUGCAUCUAGAUCCAUAAAAUUUGAAGAUUAAAACUCAGAAGUAAUAAAGAGCGUGAAAUUUAUUUUUGCCUUCUACAUCUCUUUACUUGAAAUAAAAUAACAAAAUGCUGAAGAAAUUUCAUUUAUGAAGUACUUGAAGUACAAGUUUUCAACUGCAUAUACCAGUGGAGCUGGGUCCUCACUUCACCCAAACAGUAAGUUUUUCAAACCUUUAUCACGUUCUUCAAGGCAAGAGACAGCCUCCUUCAAAGACUGAAGAUGUGUGCCAUGCCUGCAGUUAGUUGAAAUUCAGUAAUUUUUUUUUAAUGCUGAUUUAAUAAACUUAUUUUUUCUAUAUCA